AUGGCACCGAAAGAUUAUAGCACAAAAGGCCCACAACAACAGCAGUUGUACUUGCAACAUCAUCACCAUAGGAGGAGUACUCCCGUUUCCUUGGACGAUGAAAUCAGCUUGGUCAGCUCAGGAAGCAAUACUUUAAAUGACAAACAUCCACGGGGAUGGAAACUUAGCCUGCUAAUUCACUUGAGGAAGCUAAUGCGUGGGGAAGACGACACGAUAACAACAGCCGAAGAGGGGGAAACCGAUAGCGAUCAAUCGAGCCAACAACCACAGCAUCAACAAUUGGCGAGUAAAUGGGGAUCAGCUGCCAUGACUACUGUGGCAGUCUUUCUAUUGUACAAAUUUGCAAAGAAUCGAAGACUGAAACAACGGUUAUGGCCCAUUCUCUUGGCAUUGUUCAAGAAACCAGAUCAUCAGAAUGCUAUGCAAGUUUCAUUGUCACUACUCCGAUCAGCGGCUGUCCAAGGGAUCAUUACAAAAGCCUUGAUUGGAACUUCGGAAAUUGUAUUUCAAGACUCAUCAUCCAAAAAGUGGAAGCGAUCAGCCCUUCCGCCGAACAGUCCCACCCUGCAAUCGGAUUUGCUCGAGUUGUUGUCAAAGAAUGGUUGUGGAGAUGUCUCCACGAUGCCACCAACGGUAUGGUCCAAGCUGAGCGGGCCUCUUCUCACUGCACUUCCCUUUGUUUACUUGGGUUUGGUAUACAAGAUUUUCAAGAAUCUUCAUGGCGAUGAUAAUAGCAAUGCCAAUUCCAAACUCCUGGAUAACUCGAAACAAACAACGAGAUUUACUGACAUUGCUGGAGUCGAUUCCAUCAUUGGAGAAGUGAACGAUAUUGUUAGCUAUUUGAAAAAUCCAAGCUACUAUCUACAGCUAGGGGCGCAGCCCCCACGAGGAGUUCUGUUGCAUGGGCCACCUGGUUCCGGAAAGACGCUCUUGGCUCAAGCGCUUGCUGGCGAAGGGGAUUGCGAUGCCUUUAUUACUUGCAGUGGUUCAGAAUUCUGUGAGAUGUAUGUUGGAAGAGGAGCUGCACGUGUUCGAUCUGUCUUUGCCGAAGCACGAAAGACUGCAACCCAGAAUCACAAAGAAACAUCGUCGUGGUUCUCAUGGAAUCCUUAUCAAAGAAGGAGGAUACAGUCUCACGGCAGAAGCAAGAAUAGCAAUCUGAGACCGCCUACCGCUAUUAUCUUUAUUGACGAAUUGGAUGCCUUGGCCAAGUCCCGAUCUGGAGGUAAUGGUACAAGCAACGACGAACGUGAUCAAACUCUGAAUCAGUUGCUCAUUGAAAUGGAUGGCUUCUCAUCCCGCCAAUGUGGUGUCACGAUCAUUGUGAUUGCGGCUACGAAUCGUGCCGAUGUCUUGGACCCUGCCAUUCUCCGCCGAUUUGAUCGACAGAUCCAUGUUCCAUACCCAAAUGCCGUUGGCCGAAGAGAAAUUCUAAAGAUCCAUGCCCGCAAAAUCCAAUGUCAACGCCAUGCGGUGAAUUGGGAUAUCCUGGCCGCGCAAUCCAGCAACUUUUCGGGAUCAGACCUGAGGAAUGUGGUGAACGAUGCUGCUUUGUUGGCUGUCCGUGACCGUAGUCAGUCCGUCCAAGAAAAACACCUAUUGCAGGCCCUACAACGAGCCCGUGCCAUGAGAGGGAACUUACAAACAACGGGCAAUGGACUGAUUGGCAACAAUGGAAGCUUGCUCUGGACUUUUGCCAAUAGCCAUGAUGGCCCCCCCUCAAUGUAA